AUGGGGCGUAGUCUUGCAGUUUCUUGUGCUCUUUUCUGGAAUAUUUUCUUGUUUGCUAUCACCAAUGUUGAAGCCAAUGGAUGGCUUAGUGGUCAUGCAACUUUCUAUGGGACCAACCAGGACCCAGCUACCCUUGGUGGUGCUUGUGGUUAUGACAAUACCAUCCACGCGGGUUUUGGAGUGAACACGGCGGCCGUGAGUAGCACACUUUUCAGAGGAGGCGAGGCGUGUGGGGCUUGUUACCAAUUAAUGUGCAACUACAACACAGAUCCAAAGUGGUGCCUUAGAGGUCGUUCUGUGACAGUUUCCGCCACCAAUUUCUGCCCCCCAAACAACAACGGAGGGUGGUGCAAUUUUCCCCACCAACACUUUGACAUGUCCACGCCUGCUUUUCUUCGCAUUGCCCGACAAGGCAAUGAAGGCAUAGUUCCUGUCGUUUAUAGAAGGGUGUCGUGUAAAAGAAGAGGCGGAGUCCGAUUCACCUUGAAGGGACAGUCAAGUUUCAACAUGGUGAUGAUCUCCAACGUUGGCGGAAGCGGUGACGUGAAGGCUGCAUGGAUUAGAGGGUCGAGGAUGAGAAGAGGAACGUGGCUGCCCAUGCACAGGAACUGGGGUGCAAAUUGGCAAAGCAGCAUCGACCUUCGAAACCAGAGACUCUCGUUUAAGCUCACAUUGAUUGAUGGAAGAGCACUUUUAUUUUCUAAUGUUGUUCCUUCCACUUGGGGGUUUGGGCAAACAUUUUCAUCCCGCAACCAGUUCUGA